AUGUCCACCCUGCUGUUCUGGCAGGGCCGUGGCAAGGCCAACGGUGCCCCCAACGGCCGGAACUGGAUACACGCCCCGGACGCGCUCGUCAAAGGCCACGUCGCCUAUCUGGUCAAGUUCCUAGGCUGCACCCAAGUGGACCAGCCCAAAGGCAUCGAGGUGGUGAAGGACGCCAUCAAGAAGCUGCAGUUCACGCAGCAGCUGAAGAAGUCUGAAGCGAAGGACAGCGCCAAAUGCAAGAAGGUCGAGAUCACGAUAUCCGUCGACGGCGUCGCCAUACAGGAACCUAGAUCAAACAACAUACUAUACCAGUUCCCGCUCCACCGGAUAUCCUAUUGCGCGGACGACAAGGGCGCGAAGAAGUAUUUCUCGUUCAUCGCAAAAGGUGGCAGCACAGUCAACGGCGUGAACGGCCAUGACAGUGGCGCCAUUGAGAAACACGAGUGUUUCGUGUUUAUUUCGACGAAGCUCGCGUCGGAAAUUACGCUGACUAUUGGGCAAGCUUUUGAUUUAGCCUACAGGCGGUUCCUAAAUGACAACGGCAAGUACAUAGAAAUGCAGAAGCUCUCGUUGCAGAACAAGAAACUAGAGCUGCAGAUGAACGUCUAUAAGAGUCGAUUACAGGAGCUGUCCAAGAUAACGUACAAGGACGACCUGUCCGCGUACUUGGCGCGCAACGGCCUCGCCGACAUAACGGAGUUCAAGGCGCCGCAGGAGCUGGACAAGCAGAUCGCGUCGCUCACGCUCGCCAACGGGUUCAGCGCGAUGAACGGCAACAAGACCCCCGACAUCGGCGGGGACGCGUUGUCCAACAACUCCACUGACACCUUCAACUCCAGCAACGACAACAACCUGUUGCUGUCCACCCCGCCGCCGACGCACAACGGCAAGACAAGCAGCACAGGGAAGCUCCUAGGAGAUCUGUCUUCUAACAAGAAUCCCGUAGUGGGCACCAAAUUGGAAGGCUUACUGCUCAACUCAGAUUCGGACAGCGAUUUCGACCCCCGCGCUUUCGAGUCUGAACCCGUUUCACGCUUUGCCUCCCCCGUUGCCGACAACCCUCUGACGGCACCGCCACCGCUACUCGCGCCGCCGCCGAAAGCGUCCAAGCGGCAAACGCCGCCGCAGCCGACGCCGAGCGGAAACGACCUGUUCGGCUCGACGCCGUUCGGCGCGCCGAGCAGAAACGCGCCGCGGUCGAACGCCGCGCACACGCCGUUUGCGCCGACCGCCACGCCGAACUACGACGUCGACUUCAGCCUGCAGACGUCCGUGUUCGCCGGCGCGCCGCACCCGAAUGGCGUUGGCUACGACCCGUUCGAGACGCAGAAGCCGGCGAACAUAUUCGCCAACGGCUACGGAAGCGCCUUCAACGGCUUCGGCAGCCUGAGCGAGAAGCAGACCGUCGAGCUGGACAGCGGCUUCAACGGGUUCCUGGACAAGACCAUCUCCGAGAUGAAGGAUGGAUUCAGUAGAGGGAUCAGCUUUGGAAACGAGGACUUUUCAAUAGACCACCUGGAUCCCCUGAAAAAGAAU